AUGCCGGCCGGCGCCGACCAGAAAUCGGAUGACGAGCUCUCUACAGAGCUUGGGAGACUGCUGGACGCCAAUGAUGAGGUCCUCACCGACCAAGCAGAUGCUGAGACGAACCACGGCGACGCCCGACAGCACACUCAGGCCACCCAAGCGGACGCUGAGACCAACCGUGGCGACGGCCAGCGUCACACCCAGGCUGCGCAAGCAGAUGCUGAGACCAUCCCUGGCGGCGGCCAACAGCACACUCAGGCCACCCAAGCGGAUGCUGAGACCAACCGUGGCGACGGCCAGCAUCAUUCCCAGGCCAUCCAAGCAGAUGCCCCUGGCGGCGGCCAACAGCACACUCAGGCCAACCGUGGCGACACCCAGGCCGCCCAAGCAGAUGCCCCUGGCGGCGGCCAACAGCACACGCAGGCGGAGACUCAGAUCACCCCUCAUAGCAACCAACAGCACGCGCAGGCAGAUGCUGACACCAUCCCUGGCAGCCUCACUUGCGACUCUGCCGUGGGCGCGUCAGCCGUGAAGCAGGAGCAGCCCACAGACACUCACCAACCAGCCGUGCAGCAGGAGCAACCUGCAGGGCUUGAUGUCAAGCGUGAGACCACAGGAGUGCUCGGAAGCCCUGACUUCAAGCAAUACUGUGUCGAGAGCAACACAAGCUUCACUUGUGACCUCUGCGACAUUGACGGCCUCUACAACGAAAUCAUGAACCAAGGGCAAGGCGCCGCUACAGCAGUGAUUCGUGACUGGCACGCCUGGCGGGAAACCUGCUUGCAGAUCAAGGAGCUGAGGCCCAAGAUCCGGGAUAUGGUGCUCCACCCUUUGUUUGAAGAGUUCUGCACCGUCAAAGAUGUGUCAUUUGAGUGCGAUCUAUCUGACAAGACUGCAGUCCAACAUCAGGUCAUGCGCAGUGGCGUGCCAGGUGGUGCUGACCGCUACAAACUACCCCCUACUGCUGCGCAUCCUGACAUCAACGACGUCUUGGUUUCUGCAGUGAAGGUCAGCCACGAGUUUAUGGCAGAGGUGGUGGCGUUCAAGCAAGCCUUUUUGGCUGCCUCCCUGGCCGAAUCUCACAGCCCGGACUGCUGUGUCUUCAAUGAUGCCACGCAGAUGUUUUGCCCGGAUCGGUCCUGCGAAAGCUCCAGUGUACAGACGUUCAAAUGUGUAAUCAACUUGCUGAACACUGUCCCGGUCAGCUGGUUCAUCUUGGAAAAUGUCGACCUCGACUCGGAGCCGGACGGGAACCUAGACCUCAUCAUGAAAGCGCUGUCAUCCUCCGGAUUUGGCACGCAUGCCGACGGAUACCAGGUGAAGGCCUUCAAGAUUUUGACGAGCGAUUACGGACUCCCUUCUCGGCGAAUACGACUCUACUUUGUAGGAGUCAGUCGCAGCUCAUUUCCACAGUUCAGCAUGAAAUGCGUUGAGCGGAACCUCAACAUGUUCACGCUGAAGUGCCAGCCACCGGACUCUGAGGACUUUGUGCUGGAUGAUGACAGUGCGCCGGUCCAAGCAGAACUCGGGAGGCGACAGAACACGCUGUUUUUGAUGGACGAGAAGAAGUCACGGGAGAAGACCAAGCAGGGGCCCAUUAGAUUUGGGGACGUCUACCACUCCGAAGAGGAGGAAGAACACUUGGUGACGCUUGUGGCACAGUGCCUUUGCUUGACUCUGCGCUUGCUGUGGGGUGAUCUACCAGAGGGGGUCACCCUGCCGGACAACUACAAGAUGCGGAAGUGCCGGUGUUGCAAGACCACCAGUUGCAGUGUGAACCCAUGGCCUCUCACAGGCACGGUGCUGCACGCAUGGGUGUGGACUCAAGGUGGAUUCGAGGCGGAUUGGCAGACAGAAGACCGCUUCCAGAAGGCUAUCCGAGCGAACCUCGUGAAGCUCAAAAAGGAGGACCCCUCCAUGACGUUCCGAGUGGAACGCGCAUGUGCUGCCAUCAAGGAGAAGGUCUUCGCCAGCUCUCGGCACGAGCAGACGGUGAUGAUGGUGAUGUUUGCGCCUUGCGCAGUCGCGAGCGUGUCUAGAGACGCCGAACUCCAUGAUGGUCAAGUCAUUGAUGACGGGCAGUCCGUGGACAAGGUCUUCACCGCCGCCAAACGCGGAGUUUUAAAAAAGCACGUGGCCACCAAGCAGUGCAGCCUGAAGGGCCCGCCCGCGCAGGAAGAUUCCAGGAACGAGGGUCGGGAGGAUAUCGACGGAGAUGGUCCUACUGGCAUCGAGCUCGCCAACAACCUGCUAGAUCCCACCCACGCCACCGUGGGAGACAGCGCUGACGAGGAUAAAGACGAGGCCGCUGCGACGAACGGCCUCAUGUCCUUUUUCAAGAGCCGCUUCCAGGUUGACCACAAGGACGCAGGCCUGUCCGAGGACCCUUUUGAUGCAGUGGACCUGCCCACGAGCAACACAGAUGCUCCGUUCAAGGCAUACCUGGUCGAUCGGAACUCCAAGUUCCAAGCGCUGGUGACGGAGCUCAAGUUGAAAAAGAAGUCGGCCAGCCGGCGCCGCAAUCAAGGCUUGCUGUGCCAGUCGCACCCAGAAGAUGGGCAGUCGCUCCUGAGCCUUUGUGAUGCGGCCAAAGCCAACCACGGCGUGACGAUCAACGGCGCCAUCAUCAGGCGUUGCUUGAAAGCGCUGCUCUGCGAGGACUUGAAGCAGUGCGACUUUGCUACCAUGGUUACCGGCACCCUGGAGACAUUCCUCGCCCGCCACAUCCAAACCACAGACGAGGACGAGCCGGCGGGCGCCUUCUACUCGAUGUCCUGCAGCCAGUGCUUGCAGAAGCUGGUUAAGGCAGCGACUGCCAAGUUCCGCAUGAAGGAACACAUCACCGUGCCUCACAACAAGCGCGAGCUUUCAGCCAUGGACUCUUCCCUGGACGCCCUGGGCAACGGUGGCUCGGUGCCUACAGACUUAGCCAACGAUGCAACAACAGUGCUGCGGCUGGUGCGCGCUGACACAGUUCCGAUCCAUGACGUUAAGGAGUCAAUCAGCGCCAUUGAGUCCAUGCAGCAGGGCGGGCAAGAGCUCAAGAACACCAUGAUCAUGACCGCGUCGGUUAUGGGCACAAGCCUUGGUGUCAAGAUCCUGAACGACGCCAAGUUCAGCCUGGAAACACGCAACUCAGACGCAGAGUUUUCAGACCGUCUUGCCGCAGCGUUUCAUAGACUGCCCGGCGCCUUUGUGGAUGUGGAGACUGGCAGUGCUACGAUGGCCGAGCGGCGCUUCGGUCCCAAACUAGCAGUGGACAGACAGUGCUCGCAUGUCUUGGACGCCUUCCAGCUGCUUCACACCGUAUGCACUUCCAAAUCACAAGCUAAGUCGCUGGGGAAGGUGCUUCCAUGGGUGUCGCACGCUGCGUCGUCGGCUACAAGCAGCAACAUCUUCGACGCGCCGCCAUCUACAUCAUGGGCCUGCUACAAGUCUUUCGUCAAGCUCAACGACUUUAGCUCCUGCAAGGAGUUCUUGGACUCUGCCACGAAGCUGUCCCAAGCCAUGGCCGCUGUGAAACACAACUCCAGCGACAAGGUGGAUUGCCAAGGAAACAUGGGCAUCGUUUGUCGAGACGACUUCGUGCGCGGACGGUCUGUCAGGGACGCUAUGAACAUGGCUGACAUGACGGCGGUCAAAGGAUCGGACCCGAGUGAUAUGGUCACUGCCCUGUUUUCCGGCGAGUUCAACGUUGACGCGCUCCGAUCAGUCGUCCUGAAGAUAUCCACAUGUGCUUCCACAGAGGUGGAUCGCUGGAUUGCUGACAAGGCGACGGCUCUGGACAAUUUGGUCCAGCAGGUUGAGUCCCACAAGCUUCCCUGUGGCAGUGACAUCCAGUACCCUGUGACCGCUGACGGGGACAACACCAUUCCCACCAUGAAGGACUUUCCGGACCUGGCGCAGAUCGAUGAGGGUGCUGUGGCCAACACGUGCACCCGCCUUCAAGCCGCGAUGCAGGACAUUGAGGACAGCCGAUUGUUUCUCACAAACAAAUAUAAACAAUCAGCCAUCUACGAAGUUCACGUGUGA